UGGUAUUGGUGCAUCCGGCCGGAUCUCACGCAUACCGCUACCUUUAGACGGUUCGCGAUUUUGACGUUGUCUCUCGUACGUGUGUCCUUUUUUCGUCCCCGGUCCUAGUCCGGUAAUGGGAGGGUGGAAUCGAUCGAGUCCUGGAAGGUGUGUUUCGUGUUUGGGAAUCCCUCGAGACGGUUCUCGCGUGACGUGUCCUAGAUAUCUCCGACCUUCUUUGUGCAGUGCGCGGUGGGACAGACAGACAUGGUCAUGACUCAUGGGACAGCGAUUAGUGAUUGACCAUCAGUCGGUCGUCGGUUCGUACAUCGGGUUGUUCUUCGAUGGUAAUGGUUUCAGCAGUAGAUAUUUACGUCGAGCUAGUGUGCGUGUGUGAAGUGUACGGGACAGAAGAGUGAGACAGCAAACCGGCAAAGAAACGAACCACGAACGGGACGGUAGCCGGAGUGAGACAGAGCGUGAAAAAGUGCAGUGCAGUGAUUUUGGACGGGGUGCCACCUGAUUACGACGGUGAAGGUUUGGAUUUCGGGAGGGAUUGCCUGCUGGACGGUUCCCGAAGCAUUCCGUCAGAAGAAAAGAAGUCUGUAAUCCGGCUUGAGGAAGGAAGAGUACACGGAUCAUUGAAGAAUCGCUACCACGAGUAGUUGAGGGGGGGCAAGUGCAGAAGAAACUCGAGUGUGUGGUGUGUGGACGGACGAGACAGGGCAAACGUGUCUGAGAAUUGAGCAGUGCUAGAAAAUGGCCUCCACUCACUCGUCGGUGGAUUGAGUGAGCUGCUGGUGGACUGUGCAAAGUGAAAAUAUCUGGUUGAAGAGAUCGAUUCUUGUGGAAGGUGCAACCAAAGGGCUGUGAAGCAAAAAGAUUAUGGUGAAUCGCUGUGAAAAGGUGGAAUCGCUGCUGGCCGACAAAAAGAUUCUGCUGGCUUGUCUCUGCCUAAGGCCAGAUUUGCUGGUUGACUCAUUCCCCCUAGAUCAGCAAUCGAUCGAAAUUCCAGAAACGGAGUGUUCGGAUAGCUGCGAGAACGACGUCGACAUGGAUGAGUCGGACAGUUGCGACAACGACGCCGACGACAAUGAGGAUUCCGAAGACGACGAGGAGGACGACGACGACAUCCACAGCAGCACGGUCGUCGCGGGCAAGUUCCUGCUGGACAACGACGAGGAGCUGGAGCACGAAGGUGGGGGCGGCGGAGGUGGCGGUGGUGGUGGAGGCGGCGGGACCGGUUCCCACGACAAAAAGGCCCGCCUCGAAGCCCUGCUGGAAGCGGCAGACGAAGCAGCACAAGCCCUCACCCGCAUGCGAUCUAGUGAAGGCGGUGGCAGCCCGCGAGAUAAGAAAAAUGCUCUUCGUAAUUUCAGCUUGCUCUCGCGCUCGCUGCUGGCGGCCUGCACCGACAACGACGUCAACACCGUCCGGCGGCUCCUCGGCGAGGGCAACUCGCUGAACGAGGCCACCGACGACGGGGACUCGCUGCUGUCGCUGGCCUGCUCCGCCGGCUACUACGAGUUGGCCCAGGUUCUGCUGGCGAUGUCGGCGCAGGUCGAAGACCGCGGCCAAAAGAACGACUGCACGCCCCUCAUGGAAGCGGCCUCGGCCGGCCACGUGGACAUCAUUGCGCUGCUGUUGAAGCACGAUGCCGACGUGAACGCCCAGUCGUCCACUGGAAACACCCCGCUGAUGUACGCGUGCGCCGGCGGUCACGAGGACGCGGUCCGGCUGCUGCUGGAGCGCGGCGCCAACGUCGAGGACCACAACGAGAACGGGCACACGCCGCUGAUGGAGGCGGCGUCGGCCGGCCAUGUCGGAGUGGCCAAGAUUCUCCUGGAGCACGGUGCCGGCAUCAACACGCACUCGAACGAGUUCAAGGAGAGUGCCCUCACGCUGGCCUGCUACAAGGGCCACCUGGACAUGGUGCGGUACCUGCUGGAGGCGGGCGCCGACCAGGAGCACAAAACCGACGAGAUGCACACGGCCCUGAUGGAGGCGUCGAUGGACGGCCACGUCGAGGUGGCGCGGCUCCUGCUCGAUUCCGGCGCCCAGGUCAACAUGCCGACCGAUUCGUUCGAGUCGCCGCUGACGCUGGCCGCGUGCGGUGGCCACGUCGACCUGGCGAUGCUGCUGAUCGAGCGCGGCGCCAACAUCGAGGAGGUCAACGACGAGGGGUACACGCCGCUGAUGGAGGCGGCCCGCGAGGGACACGAGGAGAUGGUGGCGUUACUAUUACAACAAGGUGCAAAUAUUAACGCCCAAACCGAGGAAACGCAGGAGACGGCCCUGACGCUGGCCUGCUGCGGCGGCUUCGUCGAGGUCGCGGACUACCUGAUCAAGCACGGUGCCGACAUCGAGCUGGGUGCGUCCACGCCGCUGAUGGAGGCCGCCCAGGAGGGUCACAUCGAUCUGGUGCGGUUCCUGUUGGAGAAUCGGGCCGAUGUCCACGCGCAAACCCAAACCGGUGAUACGGCGCUGACGUACGCGUGCGAGAACGGUCACACCGAGGUGGCGGACAUUCUGCUGUACUACGGUGCGGAGUUGGAGCACGAGUCGGAAGGAGGCCGAACUCCGCUGAUGAAGGCGUGCCGCGCCGGUCACUGGUGCAUCGUCAAGUUCCUCAUCGAGAAGGGCGCCGACGUGAAUCGUCACACGACCAACAAUGACCACACCCCGCUAUCGCUGGCCUGUGCCGGUGGCCAUCAGAACAUCGUGGAACUCCUGCUGAAGAACGGUGCCGAUCCGUUCCACAAGCUCAAGGACAACAGCACGAUGCUGAUUGAGGCGGCCAAGGGUGGCCACAUUGGCGUCGUCCAGCUUCUGCUCGAUUUCCCGCACUCGUUGAUCAGUGCCAACACGGCCGCCCAGCAGAACCUCCUGAACAACGGUCAGAUCCAGCUCCAGCAAGCGCAGCAGCAACUCCAACAACAACAAGCUGCCGCAGCUGCAGCCGCGGCCGCCGCUGCCCAACAACAACAACAACAGCAGCAGCUCAUCAUCACCCAAAACCAGCAACAGCAGCAGCAGCAACAACAACUGCUUGCCGCACCACCCGGCCUUCACGAAGUCCCGGAAUUGAAUCGAGUCUCCAACAAGCAAAUGUUCCAACAACACCCCUCUGCCAAGGAUGGUGGCGUACUCGACCAGCAACAGCAGCAACAACAACAACAAUUGCUCGCCAACAACCAAAUGCUGGCCGCCGCCAACCCGAAUGUGUUCCUCGAUGGCAACAUCGCGUCGGCCGACCCCUCAAUACUCGCCCAGAUGCGACUGAUCCAGAUGCAGGGCUUCAAGGACGGUCUCGCCCACGGCCUGUCCCGAGCGCCCGGCAACACCAACAACAACAACACCAACCAGCAACAACAACAACAGCAACAAGUCCUUUCCCAGCAAAUCCCAACCCACUUGGUCGCUGCCCAGCAACAACAACAGCAGGUCAUCGCCAACAACGCCGCCAUUCUCCAGCAACAGCAGCAACAACAAGCAGCUGCCGCCGCCGGAAUUGGCAACAAACAGCGAAGUCUGCUGCGUAAAAAGCAACAACCGGCUGCGACGGCCGUAGCGCAAGCCCAACAGAAUCAGCAGCAACUGUCGCCGUUCGAGCCGAAUCUAACCAGUUCGGAAGCGCAGCAAGUGCGCAGCGAGCCCAUCGGCGAGGACAACGGUGGACAGCAACAGCGGGUUAUGCGAUCCAACUACGAGGCGCAGUACCAGAAGCAGAUGCAGGAAAUGUACCAGAAGCAGAAGGCCAACAUCCAGUUUAUUUGUGAUUCGAACGGUCCGCCGCCGACGCUGUUACCGCCCACGGGAACCUACAUCGAUAUUACGACGCCAGCUCAAGGAGGAAAACCGUCCGACGGUGGACUCGUCCUAGCUACAUCAUUGCCAACUGCCCAGCCAACGAUGGCGGUCGCCGCCCCCGCUCCGACGUCGGUGCUGACCGGUCCCUCCGAGGUGUCCCAAAGCACGGCCAUCAGCGAUCGGCCCAAGGUGAAGCCCGUCUCGAAGAAGGACGCCAAGAACAACCGGAAGACUGCAGCAGCAGCGGCGGCGGCUGCGGCGGCCGCGGCAGCUGCGGCAAACCAACAACAGCAACAGCAGCAGCAGCCAGUUUGGCCCAGCCAAGGCAACGUGCUCCAGCAGAAUCAAAUGGUGUCAAUUUACAACAACUUGUCUGUGAUUCCAACGUCCGAACAGAACGUGCAGGUCCUGCAGCAGUCGCUCUCGAAUCUGAGCCUGGCGGGCGGGAAUCGAGUCGGCAACACCUCCAACAACACCACUGGCAACAGUUUCACGGUCGCGGCGCCCAAGUCGACUGUAGCUGCAGCGGCAAACAAUAUGGUUCCUACGUCGUCCUCGUCCAACCCGCCGACGGUCAUCACGUCGGUGCCGGCGAACGUCAUCCAGACUACGAACAACCUAAUCAGUCAGCUGGACGCACAAUCGCUCGAGCUGGCCGGUGGAAUCGGUGGUUCUGCAUCCUCGCCAGCGGCCACGACUGCGACCAGCACGGCCACGAGCAGUGCUGCGAGUAGCCAGAGCAGCAGCGUUUCCGGCGGAAGUAGCAGUGGAGGAAGCUCGGGAAGUAGUGCCGGAAGCAGCAGCUCGGCCAGUAGCAGCUCAAGCUCGAGCUCGAGUGGCGGAGGCGGAGGUAGCACCACGACUACGACCAGUAGCAACAACAGCAGCGGUCCGGCAAUACCGGUUGGAGCAGCUGUAACGGCGGCCACGGCUGGCGGAAAUAGCAGCAGCACCAGUUCCGAACACGAGAACCAACUCAACCAGCUCGCGCUGAACACGCUCUGCAACCAGAAGGUCCUGCAGCGGAUCGCGCAAAGGUUCAUGGUGGACCCGCCCAAGUCCCCGCCGGAUACGCCGCCGCUCAGCUGCUCGGCCACCAACCCGGACGGACCGUCGUCGCCACCGCCCAGUGGUAAAGGACUGCCCAACAACGCCGAACUGGCCGACCUGUCGCGAAUCUUCUGCGAGGUCAUGCACGACUUCCGGUCGGACCUGCUGCCCACGCCCGAGUUUGUCCAGGUGCACCAGCACGUGUCCAACAUCAUUCAGCACAAGGCUGGCAGCAAUCAAAUCAAAAUCGGCGAUGCGGACCACCACCACCAUCACCACCAGUACAUGGAGGACGGCUCGGACGAGCAUCUGCAGAUGUUCAACAUCGACGACUCGGAGAACGAAACCAUGUCGGAGUGCGUCGGUGGAAUCUACCCCACGCUGGACGAGUCACUCGAGACGUUCAACCCGGAGGACGGUUCGGUGGUGGCGGCCGAUGGCUCCCGAGAAACCAUCUACAACUACGAGUGGGUCGAGUGCAUCGACGAGGUCAUCCACGCGCUCAACGGCUGCACCGACAUCCCGGUCGCGCUGCAGGAAAUGGCGGCCAACCUCAGCUGUCAGGACAUUGACGCGUACGCGAACCUGAUCGGCAUGAACUCGUUCUGCAAGACGCGCUGGGCCGGCAACCAGAACCAGCUGGUGACGUCCGGAACGUCGUCGCCGAUCGAGGACGACGCUGUCGGGAACCUGAACCUGGCGGACGCCGAGCAGUGCGGCUUUCGGCAGGCAGCGGCCGCGGCGGCUGCGGCAGCCGCAGCCGGACAGGCCGGCCAGCUGAUGACGUUCGACCCGAACCAGCAGAUCUCGCUGGACCAGCUUCAGCUGCUGAGUCAGCUGCAGGCCACCACGACCGCAUCCGGAGCGACGGUGCUUCACCACGCACCCGGCGCAGCUGGCCAGGUAACGGCUGCGGACGGAAGCCAACAGCAGCAGCCCAAGUUUGUGUUCAACGUGGACGCGGACAAGGCCUCUCAGCAGGUGCAUUUGCUCUUUCAACUGCCAACAGCCCAACAACAGGCUGACCAAUCCGGAGCCGUGGGUGACCAGCUGGUUCCGACGGUGCAGCAGGCAGCCGCUUUGCAACAGGCCCAGUUGCAACAGCAGGUCGCCCAGCAGCAGCAACAGCAACAACAGCAGCAGCAGCAGUUCCAGUCGUCAAACAUUGUUCAUCCCAGUUCGAUGCUGUUGGCCCAACAACAGCAGGCCCAAUCGGCGCAACAGUUGCAGCAAUUGCAUGCCCAGGCCCAGGCAGCUCAUUGUACGCAGCACGCGCAGGUCCAGGUGGCCACCCAAACGCAGCAGCCCCAAACGGGAGGUCCGCCGGCGUUGAUUCCGGUUGACGCGUCCGGAAUGCCCACGAAGGUAGCCAAAAAGAGUGACAAGUCACGCAAGGAGAAGAACCGGCUGGCCGGAGUACGACAGGCGCCGGCAGGUCAACAAAGUGCUGCCGCAGCGGCCGCCGUCCCCGGAGGAUACCAGUUUGAGGCUAGUCCCGCUCCGGCACCCAUUCAAUACCCGGCUGGAAACGUCGUCCAGGAGCGUCAAAUUGACGUGGACUCGGAGACCGAUUCCAACCACGAUACCGCGUUGACGCUGGCCUGUGCCGGUGGUCACGAAGAACUGGUCGAGUUGCUCAUCAGUCGCGGUGCCAACAUCGAACACAAGGACAAGAAGGGCUUCACGCCGUUGAUCUUGGCGGCGACCGCAGGUCACGAGAAGGUCGUCGAAACGCUGCUCCGACAUGGGGCGGAAAUGGAGGCCCAAUCCGAACGCACCAAGGACACUCCACUGUCGCUGGCUUGUUCCGGUGGACGGUACGAAGUGGUGGAGUUGCUGCUGAACAUGAACGCCAACCGUGAACACCGUAACGUGUCCGACUACACGCCACUCAGCUUGGCCGCCAGCGGAGGUUACGUGAACAUCAUCAAGCUUCUGCUGAGUCAUGGCGCUGAAAUCAACUCCCGAACGGGCAGCAAGCUCGGCAUUUCACCUCUCAUGCUCGCGGCCAUGAAUGGCCACACGGCCGCCGUCAAACUCCUGCUCGACAUGGGUUCCGACAUCAACGCCCAGAUCGAAACGAACCGAAAUACCGCCCUCACGUUGGCCUGCUUCCAAGGUCGUCACGAGGUGGUCUCGUUGCUGCUGGAUCGUAAGGCGAACGUCGAACAUCGGGCCAAAACGGGGCUCACUCCGCUGAUGGAGGCCGCCUCCGGUGGUUACAUCGAAGUGGGUCGCGUCCUGUUGGACAAGGGAGCCGACGUAAAUGCAGCACCGGUUCCAUCCUCACGAGACACAGCCCUCACGAUAGCCGCCGACAAGGGCCAUCUGAAGUUUGUCGAGUUGCUUCUGUCCCGCGGUGCGGCCGUCGAAGUCAAGAACAAAAAGGGCAACUCUCCACUUUGGCUCGCUGCCAACGGAGGCCACCUGGCGGUCGUGGAGGUUCUGUGCAACGCCGGUGCGGACAUCGAUUCCCAGGACAACCGUAAAGUGUCCUGCCUGAUGGCCGCCUUCCGCAAGGGCCACACCAAGGUCGUCAAGUGGAUGGUCAACCACGUAACCCAGUUCCCGUCGGAUCAGGAAAUGACCCGCUACAUCAACACCAUCAGCGACAAGGAGCUGUUGGAAAAGUGUCACGACUGCGUCAAGGUCAUUCGUGCCGCCAAGGAUCAGCAAGCCACGAAGGCCAACAUCAACGCGUCGAUUCUCCUCAAAGAGCUCGACCUCGAACGAAGCCGCGAAGAAAGUCGCAAAGCGGCCGCGGCCAAACGGCGCGAGCGGAAGAAGCGCAGAAAGGCUGAAAAGCGCGAACAGCAGCGCAAACUAGUCGAAGGCGAAGCCAAACCGGGCGCCAACAGCGAUGACGACGGUGACGACGAUGACGACAAGGACGCGGACGACGACUCGGACGAAGAAAUUGUCAGCGUUCCACUGCCACAGACUCGCGGAGGCGGCAACUCAACCACCCCCGCAACAAACAAUCGCAUUCAACCGAGAGAACCUCCACCAACAGCUCCAAUCGUCGUCCAACAACAGCAGCAACAACAGCAGCAGCAGGACAAAGAGGAAGGUGGAGACUCCGGCAUCGACGCCAACAGCCAAGGCUCGUGCUCGAGCUCGGACGUCAAGUCCGCGAGCAGCCUGAUCGAGCAGCAGCGCAAGAACAACAAAAAGCGCAAACAACAACUCCAGCAAGCUCACCAACAGCAGCAACAAUCGCGCGUCAGUUCGGCCGUCACGGCCAAGCAACUCCAGCAGCAGCAGUACGCAGCAGCUGCCAACGCCACCAACCAACACCAACACUCGCGUCACAGCAAGAGUCCCGAUCAACCGCAAGGUGCGACCACCACAAUUGUGACCUCCUCGACGAUGGCCAGCAGCCAAUCUGUGGUUCAGGAUAAAAACCAACAGCAGCAGAGGGAGAAACUGGUCGCUGGUCAGCAACACCAACAACAACGUCGUCAGCAGCAGCAGAAUCAGCAGUCGACGUACGAAAGCAAGCGGGAAAAGACCGUUGAGAAGGAGAACGUGGCUCCGAAGGAGUCGUCGCAUAAGCUUGCGGACGCAAAGAAGGACCAUCACCACGCAAGUCAGCAGUCUCAGCAGCAGCAGCAACAACAGCAGCAGGGCAAUCGCAAGUCGAUCAUCGUGUUCGGUUCGAAUCGACACCAGGCGUCGUCGUCGUCGGAGCAGGACCACGAUACGACCGAGUCGGCAACGUACUACAGCUCUACGGUAGGCGCGGCGACGGCCAUGGCCAAGAAGAGUCUCCCGAAGACGACUACCACCUCGUACUACCACAACAGCGCAAGUUCUGCCGGCGGGGACGGAGGAGAGUCGCUGCAAAAGUCGACCAGUCCGACGAAGAUUGGGGGCGUUCCGCAGACGGCUAUCCAAGCGUUGGCAGCGGCCGUGAAGCGCGAGGAAGGUUGGAAAGAGGUGGUCCGCAAGAGUAGCGUCCAGCAGAGUCAGUCCACGCCGAUGGAGUGUCGCAAGGUGCAAGUACCGGUGCAUGCGAUUUCGCGAGUUAUUGGUCGUGCCGGAAGUAACAUUAACGCUAUUCGAGCGGCCACCGGAGCGCACAUCGAGGUGGAGAAGCAGGGUAAGGUGCAGGGCGAUCGGUCGAUUACGAUCAAGGGUUCGCAGGACGCGACCAAGCAAGCGCACUCGUUGAUUGCCACGUUGAUCAAGGAUCCGGACGUGGAUAUUUUGACGAUGCUUCCGAAGCACGGCGCCAACACCUCCAAGAGUACCGGAGUGACCACGUCCGUUGCUCAAGCGUCUGCGCCUCAGCAGCUAAUGUCCUCGCUGACGGGUUCGGCCAACACGACGGCACCACCAACCCUUUCGUCCGUGGUCGCUUCCGGUAGUUUGGCCGCUUCGAUGUUGAUUCCAAACAGUGCUUCGCUCGCCGCAGCCAACGCCGCCAAGGGCAAGAACGUGUUUGUAACUUCGGGUGGCGUGCCCGGUGGGAAACCCGUGACGGCUUCGGCCGUACUCGCCGCGGCCACUGGAAAGGCGCUCGCAUCUCGUCCGGCAGCGGCCAAAAAUCUGUUUGCUGGCGGUGCGUCGUCCGGUCCCAAUCAGCUCUCGCGUAUCAUUUCUUCCAACAACACACCGUCGUCAUCGGCCUCGGCAGCGCCGACUCCAUCGGCUGCCUCAGUCAAAGACGCGAAGCGCAUGUCACCAAGCAGCAGCAGUUCGGUGGCCAAGACUUCCACCACGCCUGCAUCGAUUGCCUACACCAGCAUGAUGCAAUCGCUGAAGAACUCCAUCAAAAGUGGGGCAAGCCAACCCAACCCAACAGCAGCCGCCGGAACGUUUGCCAAGCUGGUCGCGGACAGUACGGCGGGAGCGACUACAGCCCAAGCUCCGGUAAUUACCAUCCAGAAGAAACCACAAACCAAUCAGCAACAGCAGCAGCAGCAGCAAUCCUCGCCAGUUGCGACUUCCAGUGUCAGCAGCUCGAUUACGGCAGCCAGCGCACCCACUACGGUUCGCGCUCCGAUUCAAAUCUUACAGUCCCCCGCCAAGGGUCUACCAGCUCCGUUCGGCAACGUCUCUUCAUCGUCGGCAACGCCAACGGCCAGCAACACCCCGUCAACGCAGUCCUCGCCAGGUUCAACCACGAUGGUCUCGGCUGCUCCCUCAGUCCCAACUCCACCCCUCCCAACACCAAUCCAAGCGCCCAGCAAGCAAGCUUCGUUCGCUCCACCGGUGUCGUCGAUGGCCGAAGUGACCCAGCCAUCAGCACCAACUCCCCCAGCCCCAAUCGGAUCCGGCUCGAGCCGAUCAAUCACCCCGAUCGGGCAACCUCCAGCUCGCGCCAACAUUACACCUUCGCCACUACUUCAAACCGCGCCCACUUCUUCCGCGGCAGCGACAAUAUCUACCCCUGUCGCCGUGUCCAGCAGCAGCAGCAGCGCCGGUCCCAUCGGCAGCGGAAUACCAACCUCGUCCGCUUCUUCCUCUUCUGCGGCGGCAGCCGCAGCAGCUGCGGCCAUCGCCCACCAGCUCCAGUCCAAGAUCAACAACAACCUUCACGCGAAUGCGCAGGCGCACGAGUACUCGCUGUUUAACGAUUCGUACGGCAGCAACCAGUGGAGUUCGAGUGGUGCUGGUGGGGUCGCCGGAAGUGGCGUCCAGAAUCAUCACCCAGGUCACCAUGUAAUUAGUCACGGAGUGGUUGGCGGAGGGCAUCACCACGUGCAUCACGGUGGGCCGCACCACCACUAUCAGGCGUCGCAAGUUGGAGGCGGGGACGGCGGAGGUCGGGGUCAUGGUCACGGACAUGGAUCACAUGGCGUUGCUGGAGCGUUUGUGCUCGAGAACGAACCGUUGCAGGUGGACGCCUCGAAGGCACCAGGUUACCGCGGAACUGCCGUAUCGUCGCCGGUCAGCUCCAAAGCAUCGAGCAACUCGACGACGCCACCUUCCGGAAGUUCGCAUCCUAGUCUGCAGCAGCAGCAGCAGCAACAGCAGUCUCAUCUGAUGGCAGGACCUCCAACGAGCAGCAGUGGCCACAUGCAGCAACAGAUGCAACAGCAACAACAGCAACACCAGCAGCAGCAGCAGCAAUCUCAGUCCGGUCCGUACCAGUCGCCCAACGAGCAGAACGUCAUCAAACCUCCACAGCAGUCGGGUCCACCGCCGAGUGGGCUUGCCGUACAGCGACCAAUCAUCAACACCUCGUCCCAGAUCCGACCGAUCGGACCGGCCAGCUCCGUAGACUACGGCAGUUUGAUGAACUCGCGCGAUCAUCCACCACCGAUGAUGGGAAGUUCGCGGCCACCACCGUCAAUGUUCGACGCGUUGGCAUCCCAAAAUCAGCACGUACUCAACUUUGGCCCGGAUCCGCUACAGUCGUCCUACCAGAGCCACAUGGGAUUGGCCGCGGGAGGCAAUCUGCCUCACAUUUCGCGGUUGAACCCGAAAGCGUCGGCCUUUUCGGCGAUUCCACCCUCGCAGAACCAUCAAUCCGCGGCGCCCGGAAGCAAGCUGUCCUCGUCGAACCAGUUCGGUAACAUGUUCCACCAAAAUCCGCCUCCCGGACCGAUCGGAAAGUACCAGAACCUUCCACCGAACGGAGGCGGCCCCGGUAUGCCACCCUAUCGGGGAAGCAACCAGCAGUCGCAUGGUCAUGGACCUCCUCCGGGCGGCAAUCGUGGCGGUGGAAGUGGCAGCAACUGGUUCACCGACUUGGCCCACCUCCAGUCGCGAGAUCCGCUCAUGAACAUCGAGAAUGGACUCGCGAUGGCCCUCGGCGGAUCGCCAACCAUCUCGCCAAACAACAACAACCAACCUACGACGAACGGUGGCCCGGGGGGACCACCCGGGCAGGACGACGGCCGCAAGAUUUCCCGUGCGAUCGGUUCCGAACGUGCCAGCUGGAAGUUUAACUACGGUUCCAGCGGAGGAAUCGGCGCCAUGGACAACGACCCGAGUGCCCUGGCAGCGGCGGCAGCAGCAGCCGCGGCCGCUGCCGGCACCGCCCACUGGAUGGUGGACAAGAACCUGUCCAUGGGCGGCAGCGCCGGCGGUCCCCAGCAGUGGAUGGGACCACCGCCGAGGCACUUUAUGGACGAUCUGCACCUGCAGGAUCACUUCCAGUCGCUGGCCAUGGAGUACCCUCACAACACCGGCGGAGGCAGUGGGCUUGGUGGAAAUGGCAAUGGUCCAAACCAGCAGCAGCAGCAGCAGGCCAACAUGAACUUUAUGCAGUCGCUGCAGUACCAGUUUAUGCCGGGUGGACCGGCGGACAUGGUCGGGAACGAUGGGCCGUCGCUGCAGCAGCAACAGCAACAGCAGCAGCAGCCGUGGGAGCACGAGAAGCAUGGCUGGCCAGCCAAGUGGAGCGGACACUAGAAGCAGCAGCAGCAAGGGAGGAAAGGGGAAUGGGUUUGAGAAAACGCUCGAAAGAAGAGAAAAAAACUCACGAAAAAAAAAACAAGCUUGAAAAGGAAGCUAAUUUUCUUUGCCUUAGGUUUACACAAGCACCCCUGUAGGUAGUGUUUUAGAGUUAUCAUUUUUUUGUUGGUUGUUUAUUUUUUCUUUCUCUCUCUCUCUGUGAAGAGUAAAUAUGGAUGAAGAAAAAUGAAAGAAAGAGAAAUGGAAAUAGUUGUUUGCAGCGACUUUUUAUUAAUUUUUACUCGAUCAAUGAUUGAAUCGUUCCUCCUAUUUCGAUAUGAUUUAGAGGGGGGAUCUGUUCUAUUUUGCGUUUUGCUUCACACCAAAUGUUUCGUGAUUUGUGCUGGAAUCAUUUAGUUUAUACGGUAUUAGGAAGGUAGCGCUUUAGCAAUUAGCAAAGAAAAUGAAUUUUCGGUUCGUUUCGUUUCUUACCAACACACUACUUUUGUGGGAAUCGAGGCGGUCUCCUGCGUUGGAAACUGAAAGCAAUAAAGAAGAAAGUGUGGCAGAGAAAAUUAUGAUGAUUUGUGUUUUCUUUAAUUUUUUUCUUUGUUGACAUGAUGCAACCGGAAAUAAUAGAAAUUAAAAGAAUGAAAAAAAUCUGCCACAUACUAUUUGAAGAAAAAAAAACAUUGACGAAUUACCCUUUUCUCGAGUUUAUCAUACUAAAAAAUCAAACGAAACCUACUCUAAUGGAAGCAAAACUAAACAUAUUUGAACCCAAAAAACACUCUCACAUACACGCAAAAAAAAGAAAUGAUGUUGAAAAAAGCUACUUAUAUCUACUCGAAAAACACACACACACAACUAUUAAAAAGAAGAAAAAUCGAACUAAAAAAACAACAGACAAGAAUCGCUAACCUAACAAAAGUGAACGUAUUUAAUCGAGAAGAAACACACAUACACUCACUCUACUAAUCUAUGAUUUUGAAAAUUUCGAGACUUUUUUUUUCAUUUUCCCUAAAGAGAAAAAAAAAUUGCUCGCGCAGAUCGAGAGAACCCGCUUGGCGAAAUGUUGAAACCAUGUUUUUUAUUUCACAUUUGAAAGAGCUAGAGCAAAAACUGCUUAAAAGAAGAUAUCGCCUAACCAACGCUGAGUGUGUGAAAUUGUCAUUUUUAGAAAUUUCUCAUUAUUUCUCAAAUUAAACAAAAAAAGUGAGCGACGACGACUCUGCAAAUCUGUGGGAAUUUGAAGCUAGGAGAAAAAUACACACACACACACAAGUACUACACUAUAAAGCUAAACUACUAUUAAAAAAAGAAAUGAUGAAAAAUCCUACUAAAAAGAAAAGAAGUGAAAGGUGAAAACAUAACAGAACUUAACUAAAUCACGCAAGCAUGUUGGUAGAGGAACUAAAAAUGGCUUAGUAAAACAAGUAAAGCAAAUAUAUUAAACUGCGCGCGUUAAAGAGACGAGCAAACAAGCUGAAAACAAAACAAAACAAAAAACAUAGUUGCAAAGUAAACGAGCAAAGCUGAUAACACGUAAACACGACAGUGAAGAAGUUAAACGAAAAACAAAACCUUAGAUUUUACUCUUAUAUUUCUUAAUUUUUCCUUUCGUGCGUAUUUAGUGAGGGAGCUGCCGGCGCGCGCUGGGCUUGACGACAAAGUCGAUGAUGAAGACGUUCGUUUUCUUCUUCCGGAAGGGGUUUCUUCUUUUUGCGUUUUGAACCGGGGUUUGGUUUGUUAAAGGACACACACACACAAAUACACAAUUAUUCUUACACACCUUGAUAAAGUUGACAACGCGAAAAAGUAAGUUUCGGAAAAAGUGGAGGUCAUGAAACGCGAACGCGCGCCACCCUUGUUCGAUUUGGGGCGAAUCAAUUGGGCCUGAGUUGUUUCGGAUCGACGGGGUUUGGAAAUGGGCAGAAAUGGGCGCGCGCGCGCAUGACUUCACUUUGAUGGGAUUGACAGGGCGUUGUCCAACAAGAAGUAGCAGAAGACGAUGAUGAUGCAUACAAGAUUGAAUUGAUAAAAAAACGGUAAAACACUGACGACGAUACAGAUGAAAACGCGCUGAUGACGCAAGAUCAACGAUGAUGAAGAAGAGAAAAAAAAACAUGAAAAUCUUUAUAGAUACAAUAAAAAAAAAAACAGUAAUAAAGUAUGAUAAAAAAAAACUGCAUUAGCGUAUGAUUAAAACAAUAUGUAUGAAAAAGAAAACAAAAGAAAAAAGAAAAUAAACACAAGAACAUGAUAAUGACGGUGAAUGAUGAAACAAAAAAAAAACACAUUAAAAAUUAUGCAAAAAAGAAAAACAACAUUUAAUGAAUACUGAUGAAUUAUUAACUAAUUAAUGAUUAUUAUUAUUAUAUAUUAUUAUUAUUCUAUAAAUUAUAUAUUAUAUUUGGAAAAUAACCAUAUAAAAUGAAAGGAAAUAUAAGUAAUGAAAGGAAAAAAAUGCAACAUGA